AUGAGGGAGGCAUGGGUGCUUGAUGGCAGCUCCCAGAUGGCAGGGUUAGAUCAAAACAAGGGCAAGGUUGGAGAUGUUCUGAUGGUUGGAGAUGUUCUGGUUGUUGGAGUCUGUGGGCAUAGAGAGGAGCCUCCAGUCACUGUGUGGCCAACUCCGACUCUGGGCAAGACUAGGUCAGUGCGCCGUGGUACCCAGGAGAACAUCAUCAUUGCCAAAGUCAGCUUACCUCCUCACUGUGAGGAAACUGACCCUGCGGUGCAGACAGAUGGCAGCCCUCUCUGCUGCCAUUUCCACUUCAGCCCCAAGGUGAUGUUCACAAAGGUACUGAAGGCCCAGCUGUGGGUUUAUCUCCGGCCUGUGCCCCGUCCAGCCACAGUCUACCUGCAGAUCUUGCGACUGAAACCCCUAACUGGGGAAGGGACCGCAGGGGGAGGGGUCGGAGGCCGGCGUCACAUCCGUAUCCGCUCGCUCAAAAUUGACCUGCACUCACGCUCCGGCCACUGGCAAAGCAUCGACUUCAAGCAAGUACUACAUAGCUGGUUCCGCCAGCCACAGAGCAACUGGGGCAUCGAGAUCAACGCCUUUGAUCCCAGUGGCACAGACCUGGCUGUCACCUCCCUGGGGCCGGGAGCCGAGGGGCUGCAUCCUUUCAUGGAGCUUCGAGUCCUAGAGAACACAAAACGGUCCCGGCGGAACCUGGGCCUGGACUGCGAUGAGCACUCAAGUGAGUCCCGCUGCUGCCGAUACCCCCUCACUGUGGACUUUGAGGCUUUUGGCUGGGACUGGAUCAUCGCACCUAAACGCUACAAGGCCAACUACUGCUCCGGCCAGUGCGAGUACAUGUUCAUGCAAAAGUAUCCGCACACCCACUUGGUGCAACAGGCUAACCCAAGAGGCUCUGCUGGGCCCUGCUGUACCCCCACCAAGAUGUCCCCAAUCAACAUGCUCUACUUCAAUGACAAGCAGCAGAUUAUCUACGGCAAGAUCCCUGGCAUGGUGGUGGAUCGCUGUGGCUGCUCCUAAGGUGGGGGACAGAGGACGCCUCCCCAGCAGACCCUCCCCCUAGACCCCCAGCCCUGACCCCCUCCCCCCAGGCCCUAGAGCUCCCUCCACCUCUUCGGAUGAACAUCACACCUUGUUCCCUGCCCAAGCAGUGUGCAAUACAACCGAGGGAGGCAGGUGGGGAAUUCAGGGGUGAGGGGUUUGGGGGAAAGGGGGAAGAGGGGGCAUGGUCAGGUGGGGAGUUUUUGAGGUUUGAGGUGAGAAGGUUUGGCGAGAAGACAGAGAGACGUAGAGACAGAGGUAGUGCAGAGGAAUAGAGACAGAGGAACAAAAAGAGCAGCAGUGAGAAGAAGGCAAAGGGAUAGAGAUGCAGAAGAGACAGAGACUAGGCAGAGAUAAACCCUGAGAAAGAGACAGAAAUGGAGUAUUGAGAAAGCCCCACACCAAGCCUCCUUUCUUCCACUGGCAAGGUGAGGGGCUUGGUAUGAUCUGGGGAGAUCCCCUGACUACCAUUCUCAGUAAGAGAGGAAAUCAAAACCCAUUCUUAGCUUCUUCCCUUUCUCCCUCCAGCAGUGGCUGGGGGAAGGGAAGUGAGGGCAGGGGCAAAAGUGAGGAUUUGGGAAUUUUAUUUAUUUAUUUAUUAUGACUUUUCAUUUUUUGGUAUUUGGCUUUACUGAAAUAGAUGAGCCCCUGCCCACUGUGCCCUAUUUGUCCCUUAUCUCCCAAACCCUGUUCUUCCUCAAUACUCACCUACUUAAGCACUUGUUUAAAGCUUCCAGGGUUGAGAAUGGGAGUAGAGGGCAAGAGGGCUGACACAUGGAAGUUUCCAACCCAAAAUCACCCUACUUAACCUUCCUGAGCCAAACGGGUUGAACUGAAUUCCAGCAGUCACAGAAACAGUAAGAGGUUAGGGUUUAGGAGC